UCAAGUCCCGUGAAACCAGAUGGUCGACAGACAGAGAGCUGGCUGGUGGCCGAGAUCACAUUCCAUGUGAUCUGUGUACUCCCUUCAUAAACACUUUUCAAUUCAAAUGUGAUGAACAUAAACUAUUAACUACUAACUACAGUAUGAUGGUAUUACAAAAUAGUGACUUAUUAAACUGCUUUAGUGCAGGUAUCUGCACAGACCUCUUGCUGAACUUUGUCCUCCUUCCGGGCAGGCAGGAAAACAACACUGUGAGUAUAAAAGGGGGAGCAGAGAGAGUUGAGGAUUGUUUUUCUUCCAGAAGCUACUGCUAAACCGAGCUGAGCUGACUGAGGAGGGACUUUUUACCAGACAGUAAGUUACUGCAAAAUGAUUUCCUACCUUUUUGUGCAUGUUGAUAAGACAGAGCAUAACUCUUUCUCUCUUUUUUUAUGUCUAUAACCUGUGAUACACGAUCACUUGAACAAAUUGAGACAAAGUGUUUUGCUAUUUCUUUAGCUUUGUUAUUUUGCUUGUGUUGUCUCCAUAUGGCAUAUACACUGUAUUUAAUCAUUUCCAGUGGAUUUGCAAUUGGUUUUUUCUAAAAUAUGAAUAUGCAGAGAGAGAGAGAAAGAGAGAACUUUCCGCACUUAACCAGCCUCCCCUAACCGUUGUUUUUCUACCGUUCAUCAGUACGCCUUUGGUUAUGCAAUAUAAUUUCUAAAUGAACAAAAACAACAACAAUAUCUAUCCCCAUAAAUAAAAGGCUAGAAAUGUAAAACAUCAGAAAAUAAGUUACAUUUCAUACCAAUUCCUAAUUUCUUUCAUGUCAGCAAAUAAAAUAUUUUUAAAAAAGUAUUCCUUUCUUUGUCUCUUUUAUCUUCAUGCCAUUGAUAGGACAAAUAACUGAUUUCCAGGCAGCAUUGCUUUUACUUAAUAAGUCUGAUAAGGGAAUGACUGAGGGAAAGAGACGUAAUUUAGGACGAUUGGGACACAACCCAAAAUUGAGUUGAUCUUUAAUUAUCUAGUGUCCAACUAUCUAUUACCACACUAUUGGGACACAGAUAGUAAAUUGUGACAUAGCAUUGAACUACUGUACAAACCCUGUCCUCAUUACCUGAGCUGACUCUUACCUAACUUGCUUUACCUCUCUCUCUCUCUCUCUCUCUCUCUCUCUCUCUCUCUCUCUCUCUCUCUCUCUCUCUCUCUCUCUCUCUCUCUCUCUCUCUCCUACUCUCAUGCAGAUCAAGCCUGCCGUGCAGCACCGCGAUGUGGGCGGGACUAAGCUUGCUCCUGGCUCUCUGCCUGCUCCCUGGGGGCGGAACAGAGAGCGAGGGGGAGGGGACCCGCUGUAAGCCACCACCUGGUUGGAGCAUUGGGGAGGUGGAGCCUAUGAAGGAGGUCAUGGGCCAGGUCACUGUGGUGGCCCUCCUUCAGGCCAGCUGAUUGUUCUGCUUGGUGCAGGCGUCCUUGUAAGUGGACCAGAUAGGGCUCGGUUCCAUUUCGGACCCCUAGCCACUUUCCUAGUGUUGUUUUUGUUAUGCCCGUUCUUUAUUUUGUUAUUUCAUGAUUUAUUUUUACCAUCUCUCCAUAUCCUCAUGUUUCACUUCCCUGUUGUGUUCCUCUGAGCAGAUUGGAUGGGCUGCGCUUGAAGCUGGAGGGUCAGGGUCUGGAGAAUGUGACCUAUAUGGUGGUGAACCACCAGGGGCAGCAGGCCCAGCGCCUACACACCAUGCUGAGGAAGAAACUGUCUGAGAACAUCACGCUAUACCAACAGGAGCCCAAACAGGAUGACGUGUGGCAGACCCUGGCUGGAGAGAAGGAUGACUUCCUCAUCUAUGACAGGUCAGCUCCAGACUGUGGUCUCUCUGUCUGUCUGCGGUCAGUCUACUCAGAAAUACAAACCGUGCUCACCAUGCUAUCUGUUCCCCUGACAAUUAUCCUCUCUCUCUCUCUCUCUCUCUCUCUCUCUCUCUCUCUCUCUCUCUCUCUCUCUCUCUCUCUCUGUCUCUCUGCCAGGUGUGGUCGUCUGACCUACCAUAUCUCCCUGCCCUACUCCAUCCUAGAUACUCCCUAUGUAGAGAACGCCAUCAAGGAGACCUACUGCACACGCAUCUGUGGGGACUGCACGUAUGAGGUACACACACACACACACACACACACACUGGGUGUGUCUGUGUUUGUAUGUGGGAAUUAGCUCUAUGAGUUAUGGAAAACAAACCAAGACCCCUCCUCUUUUCCCCCACACAGAGCAAUGAGAUCCCAGCAGAGUGCAACAGGACAGUAGAGGCGAAGCCUGAGGGAGAGGAGAAGCCAGUCACCGGAGGGGAGACAACUCAUGGUGGACACGGCCAUCAUCACCAUGGCCACGGUCAUGGUCACAAUGGCAACCGCCAUAGUCACGGUCACCAUGGUGAGAGGGGGAUGGGGCGCGAUCACAGGCGUGAUCAUGGGGCAGAGCAGCAGCAGCAGCAGCAGCACCAACAUGGCGCUGAGGGGCUCCAACACGGCCAGGCCCACGGCCAGUUGCACGUCGGUCAGGAGCAUAUGGGUCAGCAGGCGGUGCAACUGGGCCAGAUGCCCCAGGAAAGGCAGGGAGGGCAUAUUAUGCAGAAUCCCUGA